CUUUAAAGCUGAAAAUAACCUUCAAGCUGGGAUUGCUCAUAUUAAUGAAUAUAAAGUAAAUGUUCUAAGCUUUAAUUUAAAUAAACCGAGGACAUAAAAUUAGGAAUUGUGAACAUUGAAUGAAAUACUACGGACAAAAUAUAUACAUGGUAUUAAAUAAUUCAUUUAAGAUUGUACUAUGAAACGUUUUGUGGAUGAUCAACUAGAUGUACUCCUGAAGAAAUGGUGACACCUUUUCAUACACGGCGCAAAUGACAAUGUUAUGAAUCUGCUAAAACUCAGUACGCUGUAAUUAAAACAAAGAAUCUACGUUCGACACAAAUAUACAAAGUUCUUUAAUAUUUUUCAUGAAUUAGCUUCUGAAAUGUCUCCUGUUUAUACCGCAUUUCUAUUUACUAUAUCUUUGGCAUCUGCGUUAAGGAGGAGCUGUGUAGUGGAAGAUAAAGAAACGUUAAAAUGUAAUUAUUUUCCUAACAGGAUUUCAGGUCCGAGUAGUGGACUUUAUAGGACCUAAUGAAAGUAUGGUAAUAAACAGCACCGAUUUUAACGUUGAAGGCUGGAAAAAUGUAAAAUACUUGGAAAUCAGUAAUUCAUUGUCAUAUUCGUAUUUAAAAUUUACAGCUGAACCCUUUUCUGACCUGAAGAGACUGGAAGAAUUGCAGCUACAUCUUGGUCAUUUCUAUCUGGAUCCCGAUACGUUCGUGGGUCUUAAUUCCGUCAAGUCGUUAGAUGUAAGUGAUUGCGUCAGACUGAGUUUUGAAGAUUUAUUACAAAGUCUGAAUGGAACAAAUAAAUUACCAAACCUAACUAAACUUACUGUCUCUAGACUGAACGCGUACCACCCCCCGAAUGUGAUUGAUGAAAGUUUUGGACAAAUUCUACAACAGAAGAUGUUGGCGUAUCUAGAUAUGAGCAACACGGAGAUAACAGCAUUUCAUUUUGGUGUAUUUAAAUACCUAAGGUACCUUAAAGUUUUUAAUGCAUCUGGUGCAACGUUUGGUAACACGUUUCAAAACGAUUUUGAUUUCUCUGACCUCAGAAACAUCGUUGUUGACUUAAGCCACAUGACUUUGCCAAAGAGAAUGCGACCUUCACCAGGAAGACUUGUUAUUUCAAAUAUUGUUGUGAAAAACCCAACAAUUCACGCUGUGGGGUUCGUAAUCUUUAUCGAAGCUAAACUCGUCAAUACGUCUUCAAUUGUACCUACAUUAUCUAGUAUCUGGAUACAUAAUACUACAAUAAUUAUAGAUAAGCCAAUUCAAGUUCUCCUCCAGCGUGUUAUAACAAAAAACAACAACUUAAAAUAUUUGGAUUUGCAUGUAGAACAUUUCUGCAACAACUGUAUUGCGUCUAGUGCAGAAAAAAUAGACCUUUCGUAUAAUGGACUGCAGUUCAUAAAUCCUUCACUUGCAAAUUUUGCCCCGAAUAUUAAAAUAUUGGAUCUGUCCUUUAAUCAGCUUUUCAAAAUGGCCAAAAAUAAUAGCUCAUUUUUUGAAAUUUUAUUAAAAUCAUUGUCAUAUUUACAAUUUGUAAGUUUGUCAGCAAACAACUUAAAUAUAAUCCCAGUGAACAUGUUUGAAGAAAAUUUUGCUUUGGAGACAAUAGAUCUAUCCAGAAAUGAACUAUAUCAGGUGACAUUCUGCAUGAGCCAUUUAGAGAAACUGAAAGUUCUAGACCUGCAAAAUAACUACAUUCAUAUUCUAGACGAAGUUUCUCUUGGUCAUUUGGACUCAAUUCCAGAGAACACAGAACAGAACGAGACACAAACGACCGUACUUCUCAGAUUCAAUCCAAUAUUGUGCUCAGAAUGUGAUUCAAAACCCUUCAUUACUUGGCUAUUGAAAACACCUCUUGUAAAUAUCAAAUCUCAGAAUCUGAAAUGUAAGUCAGAGAAUGGUGUUCUAUCUACAAUUGUCGAAGAUUCUAUUCAAAACGUGCAGAGUAUUUGUGACAGAGUAACAAUCAUCAUUGCCUCAGGUGUAUCUGGUACAUGCACAAUAUUUGUUAUUGCAAUAAUAAGUAUGAUAGCGCACACAUAUUGGAAGCGUGCACGCUUGCUAGCAAAAAAGAACAUAAUGAUGAGUUUACUACGAAAUGGUGAAGAUCAAUAUGAAUUUGUUGCAUAUCUUGCUUACAGUGACGCUAAUGAAGAUUUUGUAAUGAAUAAUGUUAUAGACAAUCUUGAUGAAAAUCUUAAGCGAAUGAUUAAAACUGAACGAGAUUUGAUCUGUACCAAGGAUCGACAUUCUAGACCCGGCUAUCCUAUUUUUGAAGAAAUUGGCCGAUGUUUUAAAAGAGCAUCCGUCGUAAUUUUUGUUAUUUCAAAUGAUUUUCGUCUUACGUCGGAAUGUUAUAUGGUAAUUAACCUGGUACUUCAAUCAAAUAAACCGAUUAUUUUCAUGUUAAAAGGAAAUGUAGAUGAAAGUGAUGAUAUAUUAGAACAAAUUAUGUCAGAUAUGGUAAAGAAUUUAUAUCAUGUUAGUACUAAGAUUCAGUGGAGAGAAAGAAAUGGCUUAUAUACGCUCGAGACGUCAUGGGACUAUGUUUGCAAUGUCAUUUUGGACCACUCAGUCCGAAACAUUUAAUGUGAUUUUGAAUCAGGUUUUCGAAGGAAACCAUAAUUUUGGUCAACGCUUUGAAUCUUUAUAUUGGUUUUAUUACUUACUUUGCAUGUACGUCAAUGAAACUUUCCUUAUGGGAGCAUAAGGAAAACAUUAGACCAUUUCUGAAAAAAAAACCUGUAUUGCGUCUAGUUCAGAAAUAAUAGACAUUUCGUAUAAUGGACUACAGUUCAUAAAUCCUUCACUUGCACAUUUUGCCCCAAACCUUAAAAUAUUGGAUCCGUCCUUUAACCAGCAUUUUAAAAUGGCAAAAAUAUUGGCUCCUUGUUUAAAACUUUAUUAUAAAUUUGUCAACAACCGACCUCACCACAAUGCCAAUAAACAUGUUUGAUUCCAGUGUUGAUUUGGAGAUAAUUGCUCUAUCAGUAACAAAUUGCGUCAGAUGAAGUUUUCACUGAAACAUCUAGAAAAACUCCAAAUUCUCGAGUUUUGAAAUGAUUUGAUACACAGUCUUGAUGAAAUCUCGAUUAGUCAUUUGGACUCCAUAUAUAAUAUACCAAGAACCAUGACAUCUAUCCUACAUUAAUUCUAAAGUGUAAUUACCUGUCACGUUCAACAUGUGAUGCUAAAACAUUCAUCAAAGGGUUACUACACACAAAGAUAGUAAACAUUACUUCGCAAAAUCUCACCUGUACAAAGGAGGACGGCGAGCAAACAGCUAUUGAACUGAGUACAUUAGGUCUACUGCAAAACGUGUGUUACUUUGUAUUUUAUAAUGUUGUUAUAUGCCUCUCAAUUACGUUUAUUUCAGUUCUAACGGCCUUUGCUUCAGUUAAAGCAUGCAAAAAAUGGCACCGUGGUCAGGUAAUUAAACGACUUCAAGAUGGUCAUGGAAAAUACAAGUAUGCCGCACUUCUUGUUUACCAUCAUAAUGAAAACGCAUUUGUUGAAAAUUACUUAGCUGGACAGCUGGAAACUGAAAUAAAAAACGUCACUAAUAUCAAAACUAGAAACCUGAUAACAAAAAACGAAGACGUGGAUCCAGAACAUCAUUUCAUUUCAGAACUAGAUGAAGUUGUAAAUACAACUGCAGUUGUUAUCGCUGUCGUGUCAAGAAAUUUCUUAGAAGAUCCUAAAUUCACUUCUUCAUGGAAGGAGCAAGAGAUAUUGGAAAACCGAUCAUAUUUUUUUCUUAAAAUUGAACGGCCUGGCCUUGAUAGGGAGAACAUAACUCCUGGAAUGAGACAACUUCUCAGAACAAGACCAAAAUUCGUUUGGAGAGAAGAAAACGAAGAAAAUAUUAUUCAGUCAACUUGGGAAAAUAUUUGCAAUACCAUUUUAGACUAUACAUAAUAGGGAAUAUUGCUGUCGAAUCUAUUAGUAAGAUUGUAAAUAGGUCUGAAUGUUUCUAAAAUGGAAUACAUAAAAAAGGAAAAUGACCUACAGCAAACCUAUACUAUGUAUACAGACACUACUUUUUGCAUAAUCUACGAUCAACAGCUCACAAAGAUCUUGUUUUGCGUAUAACACCUCGUACAAAUUAUCUUAAAGAUUCAUUCUCGUACUUCAGCGUUAAUAUUUGGAAUAAAUUACCUGCUGAAAUUAAGGAAUCAAAUACAUUACAAACAUUCACAAAUAAUAUCAAACGACAUUUGUUCAUGUUACAGUCCAGUAAUUAAAAUAAUUAUAUUAUUACAGUUUUUACAUAUCAUGAUGUCAGUUAUUUUAUUAUUAGUUUGUUUCGCUGUUGUUCGUUUUUUCUCUUUAAUAGUCUUAUAAUUAUGUGAGUGUCUGUCGGAUGGAUGAAUGGGAAGCUUCUAAUCGUAUUUAAUACAUUGAUCAUUGAUAUAUAUAUAUAUAUUUUUUUUUUUUGAAAUAUGAUUUUGUGAAAUUAAUCGUAAAUGUUUGUAUACAUGUGUAUUGUUGUUGUUGUUAACUGAAGGCCAUACUGAAAAUAAGUUUACGUUUCAUUUUCAUGUUAUGUACACUUUGUAUGUUACCUUCAUUAAAUAAAUUUUUUAUUAAUAUUAUUAUUAUUAUUAUUAUUAUUAUUAUUUAAGAAUGAUACAAAAUAACGUCUUUUGGCUUUGAUUGUACGCUUAGCAAGUGGUACGUAUAUUCUAGGUUCACAUGUACUCAGCAUUAUCGACUAUAGUUACAAUUGAAUGUAUUACCUUUAAAUAAUAUUCGCUUUUCACAUUUAGCAAAUAUGUUUUAUAACAAAAUUGUUGUUGAUUAAUAUGAUAUCUAUACGCGGUUUGUAUUUUUCCUAUUGCUAAAUCGAGAGCACGAUCGUCACAUAUACCUUAAAGCGACUAACCCACACAAUGUGGAUAUUAAUUUUUAAAAUAAUUUAUCACCGAAUGGCAAAAUGCCGCCACUGUUUCAUAUAUUUACAUGAAACAUAGUGGUUGACCUGUUUAUAGUUUCCAAAAUUACGGGAACAUUCAAAUUUUUGCAGUUUUUCUCAUGAACUUUUAUAAACUGUUACAACGCUUUAUUUUGUAAACAUUGAUAAAUAAUGAACGAGACGCGACAGUAUUUUAGACGCUUUCAUCACGCGGGCAGUAAACCAUAAGUUCGCAUGUAGUUUGAUUGGUCAAUUUAUAUACUCGUCUACCGUUUAGGGAAGUCAGCAUGUUUACUUUGCGUUAUUUAGGUAAGAACAACUAUCGUACCGAAUAACACUACCUAAAGAACGGACCGUUCCAUUAUUAAAAGUACACAAACAUCGCUCACCGCAAAACCUAACUAUAGGUAUUGUCCGUAAGUAUUGACCUGGCACUCAUUAAUCUUCGUCAUAUUUUCGGGUGUUUCCAUUAUUUCACGCAAUAUUUGUAUUCUGAAAAUAUC